AACUUGGUAUAAUCGGAGAAAUCCAAUUGUUAUUAACAAUAAUUCGUCGAAAUUCGCGAACAAAUAUCGCACAAUUUAGCCCGAUCUAUACGAAUAUCUACGAAUAGUAUUUUUAUGGCAACGAACACUAAUUUUACAAUUUCAUCACGUGUGCAUUGUGUAGUUUCCGUGUAAAAUUCCCGAUUAUGGCGGAUAUGAAGGUGAAAACUCCGGAAAAGGCGGCGCCGACACCGGCACCUGUAGCUGCAGCUACAGUGGCGGCAAAGAAGAACAAGUCUCCUUCAAAACCUAGAAACUAUAAUUUGGGAAAUGGUGUGUACAGAUUUAGUCGUACACGUAUGUAUCACAAGAAGGCGAUCUACAAAUUCCUCGAUAAGAAGACUCCAAAGAAAGUAAAGCCGAAGAAACGAUUGACAAUUGAGAAGCAGAUUGGUGGUGACAAGAAUGGUGAGACACGUAUCGUGCUUUUGAAGAAGAGACGUGCCAAUUAUCCUACUGCAGAUCCAGUCACUGUGCACCAUGCUAAAAAGUGCUUCCGUGAUCAUCGUCGUUAUCUACGACCUUCAUUGAUACCAGGAACCAUCUGUAUCAUGUUGGCUGGUCCUCAUAAGGGCAAGAGGGUUAUUUUCCUCAAACAAUUGAAGAGUGGAUUGCUUUUGAUUACUGGACCAUUCUUGAUCAACGGCUGUCCUCUGCGAAGAGUGAGUCAAAAUUAUGUAAUUGCUACAUCCACGAAGCUGGACAUCUCAAGCUUUGAAUUGCCACAACAUAUAAAAGAUGAAUACUUUAAGAGGAAGCGUGAUAAGCGUGCUAAAAAGGAAGAAGGAGAUAUCUUCACUAAAAAGAAGGAGGAAUACACGCCGAGCGACCUGAGAAAAAAGGAUCAAAAAUUGCUCGACAAAGCAAUUAUUGAUAUUAUCAGAAAACAUCAAGAUAAGAAGAUGUUAUUUGCUUAUCUCUCGGCGAUGUUUGGCCUCCGAAGCAGUCAAUAUCCACACAGAUUAAAAUUCUAAUCUGUUAACAGAUCUUUCAAAGAAAUAAAGUAAAAUGUCUCAA